CAUACACUGAUCGCUUUCAUCGAUAAUUAUUGAUAUGUUCUUGUAACUAGAACGACUAGAAACUUCGGUUUAAAAUGGAUGCAUAUUACGUGGAAAAGAUUAUAAGUUUUAAAACUCUUGGAAUUGCAGCGUCCUGUAUAGCCGCGCAUGGCGACAUUUUGUUGGCGGUUGUUGACACCGAACUUAGAGAGUAUAAAGCUGAGACCAGUUUCGAUGCCUCAAAAAACCGGGACAGAGUAGGUCACAAAUGUGUCACUCACAAUGUUUUCAACACUGUCGUGCGAGAGAUGAAAAUUGUCCCAGAAAUCAACCAGGUUCUCAUGGAUUACGGCGAUGGCUUGCACGUGCACGACUUUGGCGACAACUACGAACAUAUACUGGACAUACCAGAUACAGAGGGACUUACAUUCUUCGACGUUUUAGUCAAAGAACAAGUAGAUGUACUGAAAAAAAUUCAGCUCGAAAUUGAGGUUCAACUCUGUCUUGUCAUUGGCAAAAUCCUUAAGGUUUUUGAAUGGAAUGGCAAGGAGUAUGUUGAAAAACAUGUCGACUUGAAGCUUAGCAGGCCCGCCAAAGCUGCCAUGUGGUGUGGAGACAAUAUUGUCAUAGGGUUCAAGGACGAAUACAUCAUUGUCAAGCCUGAUAGCGGGAAAAUGAAGGAGGUGUUCCAGUUCGGUAGUGGGCAGACAGAACCAGUUAUGCUACGAAUACCUGGGGACCUCAUCCUUCUUGGCUAUGACGUGAAGUCGCUCUUUGUAAACAGACGAGGAAAACCGGACAGGGAUGCGUAUAUUCAGUGGACAACAAGGCCAAGAUUGCUGUUCUACGACUCCCCGUAUGUGAUUGCAGUUAUGCCAAAGCAUUUGGAGAUAAAGUCAGCACAGCCAAGCAUCUCUAUACAACAGAUAUAUAUGAAACUCGCCAAAAAUGUCUGCAAAGGAAGGGAGGUGAUAUACGUUCAGACAGAGACAAGCGUUUACAUGUUGACUCCUCGACCCGUGGAAGACCGCGUCAAAUACCUUUCCCAGCAUUACUGCUUCGACCUUGCCAUUCAGAUACAGAUGCAAAGCAGCGAGGCUGCUGGUCACAAUCAGUCUCUGAUUAACUCCAUUAGAGCUCACCAAGGGGUUUACUUUUUCUGCAAGAACAAGUUUGUUGAGUCCAUGGAAAUAUUCAGCAGACUGGACACUGACAUUCAUCACGUGAUUGGUAUGGUCUCAAGCCUUCUUCCGUCGAGCUGGCGCAACCGGAUACAGUACCCAGAAAAAAUCCCAACGCUUCAUGAAUCUGACCUUCGACUUGCAUUUGAGGCAAUGGAUGAUUACCUUACUGAGAAGCGAGCGGCGAUCGUGUCUGGAGGAGAGGACGUGUUUUUCACGCCAAUAUGGCCACACAAGGAUAACGUGACUCUGAAGACGAAGGAAGAAGCGUUAAUAGUUAUUGACACGACAUUGUUGAAAAUAUACAUUCAGAUCCGAGAAGAACGAGUGGCACCCCUGUUGAGGCAGCCGGACAACAAGGUCCACGUGCAGGCGGCGGAGAGGGCUCUGGCCAAGAGCCACAAAUACACAGAGCUCAUUAUUCUGUAUGAAGAACACGGACGACAUGCUGAUGCCUUGCAAGUGAUGAAAAACCAAUCAAAGAACACCAAGUCAUCACUCCAGGGCUUCGAGUCGACGAUACACAAACUGCAACAGUUGGGCACUGCACAUCUAAAUCUGAUAUAUGAGUGGUCAAAAUGGGUGUUUGAAGUCAACCCAUAUGAGGCGCUUCAGAUAUUUACUGAGGAUGUACAAACGGUCCGCGAGUUACCACGUGGCCAUAUUCUCAGCUUCCUGGAAACACUCGACACACUACCGAUGAUUGUCAUCCAAUACCUGGAGCACGUGAUAUACGAGUGGGGGGACCAGACUGAGGAGCUUCACCAGGCGCUUGCUUCUCACUUGAAGAAUGCCGUGCUCAAGGAGUACCAGGACUCCCGAAGUUUUCACUACAUGCCGCCAUGUGAUCGUGAAAGUGGCGGGAAAGAAACCGGAAUGUUGACUCUGUACCGUGGGAAGUUCCUGCGCUUCCUAAACAAAACCAGCCUUUACCAACCUGACCACGUGCUCACCCAUCUUCCUAUGAAUGGCUUGUUUGAGGAGAGAGCUGUGUUACUAGGCCGCCUGAAGAAGCACGAGCAGGCCCUCGGUAUCUAUGUCUACGUGCUCUGUAAGAUUGCAGACGCUGAAGAUUAUUGCAUCCAACACUAUGAAGGCCAUAAAGACGUGUACCUUGACUUGUUAAAAGUGUACCUGUAUCCUCCAAAGCCGCUCAGCCUGGGAAUACAAGAAUUCCGUAGGGAACCAAAACAGAAGUUGGCCGACGCCCUCGCGAUGCUGGAGACCCAUGCUGCUGAAAUCAAUCUUUAUAAGGCCGUUUCCAUCCUACCCGAAGACCUUACCAUAAAGAAACUUCGCUCCUUCCUCGAGGUGGCACUAGAAGCGGUCAUUUCUCAGAACUAUAUGUGUCAAGUUCAGAAAAAAAUAGAACGCCAACAUAACAUACAGAUAAAUAUUUUGCGGAGAGAACUUUGUUGCAAAACACCAAUCAAAAUUGCCGAUGAGACAGAUUGUCCAAUUUGUAAAUUCAAGAUUGGCAAGACAGUGUUUGUCCACAGUCCAGAUAAAACGAUAAUUCACCUAGGAUGCAAUAUUCAGAAAAACACUUCUACUUAACGGUAUAUCGCCCAAUGGUUCAUCAGUGAAUGCCAUAAAGGAUACGUAGCGGCUGCCAACGAAGCGGCUGCCAACAAAACGGCUGCAAUGCUCUAUAUUUCUAAACCCAUUAUUCAAAGAAUAUCUUGAUUUGCUACCAAAAAAAUAGUAAAAACGGUGUGUAUGUAGAACUUCGGACCAUUCCCUGUUUAUUGAGAAAGGUCGUCUGUUUAUUGUAGUAUCACUCCAUUUAAAGUAUAUCUUGACUAUGCCCCUUGAUUGAUGAGUUCUAAUUACACGCUUAUAUUUGGUGCACGAUUUUCCUCUUCUUUUUCAUCUUUUUUUGCUAUUAAUUUGUUGUAUAUACAGUGAAAAAAUUAUCAAAUUGAUUUCUUGUACCAUGUUGGAGAGAGUUACUUUGUUUUCGUAUGUACAUUUACUCCCAUAUCUGAACGGUAUCCAGUAGGCGGAGCUUAACCGUUCAAUAAGUACCGUGCGUAUAAAUUACAAUGCUAUAAUACACACGCUAGUUAUUGAAUGUUGUCCUUGACAACAUGGUACAAAACAAGUAGUUUAUUGAAAUAAUUGAAAUAAUACCUUUUGAGCUAAUUUCAAUAAGUCGGAUAGCGGGUGCAGUUAUUUUGGCAUAUUGUCUUGUAUUUUUUUCAAUUACUUUUUGCAUACAUAAUUAUAUACUUUUAUAUUUGUGUACUUAAGUCGUGUUUUAAGUCCAUAUAAAUCAAUCAUAAUGAAUAGUGUAUGUGGAUCGUCCAAAGCCGGGUACCAUGUUUAAAGACAACAUAAUUUUAUAAAUGCAUGUACGUCUUCUAAGGUUUGGAAACUAUCAAGUAUGAUGAAUUAUCCACGUGAGUCGACGAAGGUCCGAAACCAUACACAAUGAGUUUUAGAGCGACCGGGAUGUUUCAAACACAUGGCAUUUUACAUAACUUCAUGUUAUUUGAUAAUUAAAGAUCACCAAAAUAAACGAAUUC